AUGGGCGCGGUUACGCCGCUGGGCGAUUCGGUGGAUGAAUACUGGAAGAGCCUUGUGAAGGGCAAGUCCGGCAUUGGACCCAUGACUCUAGCGGACCCGACGGAGUACCCUGCAAGGUCGCCGGCGAGAUACCGGACUUCGACCCCGGCCAAGUACAUCAACCCGCGGGAAGCGCGACGAAUGGCUCGCUUUUCGCAGACGGCGGUGGCAGCCGCGGCGCUCGCCUUCGAGGAUUCGGGUAUCAACCUGUCCUCCGAAGACGAAGAGCGCAUGGGCGUGGUCAUGGGAAACGGCAACGGCGGCUUCCCGACCACUGAGGACAACGCGCGCACGCUGUUCAAGCGCGGCGGCAUGAAAGUCAGCCCUUACUUCAUUCCGAUGAUACUGCCGAACAUGGCGGCGGCGAAUGUAAGUCGUCUGUUCGGGCUUAAGGGAUACACUUCCACCGUGAUAACGGCAUGCGCGGCAGGCACGCAAGGCAUAGGCGAGGCGGCGGAGGCGAUUCGCAGAGGUGCGGCGGAUGUAGUGCUUGGCGGUGGCUGCGAGGCUGGCAUCUGCCAGCUUGGGCUUGGCGGCUUUAACGUCAUCAAGGCGCUCAGUCGGAGCGAAGUGCCGCCUGAAAAGGCGAGCCGCCCGUUCGAUGCCAAUCGUGACGGCUUCGUGCCGGCAGAAGGCGCGGCGAUUCUAAUACUUGAAAGUCUGGAACAUGCCCUGGGACGUGGCGCGGAAAUCCUUGCCGAGGUCUCAGGCUAUGGUGUGUCCUCGGACGCAUUCCACGCGGUGCAGCCGGACGAGGACGGGGCCGGAGCCGCGCGCGCGAUGCGCUGGGCUAUAGAGGAUGCGGGAAUGCAGCCGUCCGACAUCGACUACAUUAACGCGCAUGGCACAUCCACGCCCAAGAACGACAUGGUGGAGACGCUGGCAAUCAAGACGGUAUUCGGCGAAGGUGCGUACGAAGUGCCCAUUAGCUCCACGAAGUCAAUGAUAGGGCAUGCGCUGGGCGGCGCAGGCGCGCUGGAGGCGGUCGCCUGCAUCAAGACGAUACGGGACGGCAUCAUCCAUCCAACGAUAAACUACGAAACCGCCGAUCCCGACUGCGACCUUGACUAUGUGCCCAACAAGGCGCGAAAGGCGCAAAUCAACACCGUCCUGUCGAACAGCUUCGGCUUCGGCGGGCAAAAUGCCUGCGUGGUAUUCAGGGCAUUCGAGGAAAACUGA